AGCUGCCACCGCGCAUCAGCCUCUCAGUCUCAGCAACGCGCAGCGACGUGAGGGGGCAGAGUCACAGCCCUCCCCGGAACACACAGGCGUAGCCACGCCCCCCGUCCCCGCGCGCGCCGCGCUCCUACGGGUACGCGCGAAAGAGGAAGGGGGGCUUUCCUCCGACGCUGUGUCCCGGCGUCCUCUGCGCCGCGCACGCGACCAGCCGCGCGCAGGCGUAGGUAAAUAAUUUUUUUGCGACUUUGUUGAGCUGUUUGUCUGUUGUCGCCACCUCUUUGACAGCGUUGCUGAGGCCCAGUGUGUGUGUUUGGCCUCGUAAUGGCGUGGCCCGGAGCGGGGAGGAAAAGCGUCUCCAGAGGAUGCCCAGGUCAGUGAGUGGCCAGACCCUCAGGGAGCCAUAAAUACUUGCUACUGGGCACAGCUGUCCAUCUCUGGACAGACUCUCCAAGGGUACCUGGCUGCAGAUAGACGCGACGGGCUGGCGUCGGAUGGAAGGAGGGAUUUUAACUCCACGCUAGAAGCAGGAGUAGAACCCAGGACUUUAAAAUGUGCUAAUCUCCUGUAGUUCUAGCAAGAGUAACGGUGACACUGCAAACUAGAAUCUCAUCAAGGUCAAUAAUCAGGGAGGACACGGCCCCCCCUGGAGUCCCUUCAGGACUUUUGUGUGGUUCAGGAACCGGCAGUGCCCAGGAUUUGAUCAUGAGGUCUGCACACCUUGCGACUUACGCUCAUCGUCUUACCCACUACACCACUGAGGAACCCUUCACACCUGGAGCAACGUUCAGCGCGCUUUUAAAGCUACACUUUGAGAGCUGCGUUUAAAAGUUGAUAUAAUCAUGCAAGAUUUGAACCCACAACCUGACAUUUCCACAGCAGGCUCUUUACUCUCUGAGCUACUGCACUGGCCAAGUUUCCAGAUGUUUGAGGAUUUGAUCCAAAAACCUCACAUCCCAAGAACAGCCUCUCAAUCCUCUGAUUUGAACCCACUACCUGACGUUCCUACAGCAGCCUCUUAACUCUCUGAGCCACUGUUCUAGUGACACCCACAGGUGCCUUGGCGAGAGAGACCCCACCUCCCGCGGGUGUGUGCGUGUGUGUCAGGGUGUGGGGGGGGGUGCAGCUGAUUGAGACACUCAGCGAAGUAGCGGCGGAGCGAGGCACCAGCUGCUUGCUGUCAGUGACCCCACAGCGCAGACGAUGGUGUGAACUCCACCUCUCGUCACACGAACGACAGCGACCCAGCUCACUGUGACGGCGGCGUUUCCACCUUGGACAGCGGCCAGCUCCCAUCCAUCCCUCGCCAGGAUAAUUGUGAGUGUUCAUUUAAGUGUGAAGUCAAAAUGUCUCAUUGUGUGCUCCCAGCACUGAUGCCUGACAUACUGCGGGGGCAAGUCACCUCCGAAAAGGACACCGGUCUAUCUUGACUUCUUCUUCUACUACUAAGAGAACACGCGAGGGACUGUUUACUGGGUCACAUAUGUAACGUGAGCGACCCAUUCAGGUUCUCACCCACCGGCACCGUUCGCCUGCAUCUGAGGAGAUGCUGCUCCGAAUGCCUGGGGUCGCUGAGGUCGGCAAAGGGAACGCGGCUCCUGCACACAGGGUUCGUCAAGCACAGAUAAUAAUAAUAAUAAUAGAAAUCAUUACUUGUCAUAUUCUUUCAUUUUUGUCAUUUGUAUUAAUAUAUGAUUUUACAAGUCAGAUUACAAACAUAUGUCUAUUUAAAUACUGCAUUUUUAAAUUAUUACAUUUUUUAAAUUUGCAUUAUAAUAAUAUGUCCAGUGUUUUAUGCCCACAAACACAGAACUGUUCUCUGGCAGGUGCAGUGGUAAAGUUCCCCAUCACACACUUUUCCACACUUUGCACAUUUUCCUCUCUCAUUUUUUUGCACCUUUUUUGUUUUUGCAGCCGUAACAUUCUCCACUGCGGGAUCAAAAAAAGUUUAGCUUUUCUCUUCUUACCUCGGCCAAACAAUCAUCACAUUGAAAAGAAUGAAAUCAAAUAAGUGCCGCCUUCAAAAUGAACGCAGACAAAUGUCACGCGCUCGCUCCGUUUUAACGACAAACCGCCGCUAAAUCGCCAGCUUAACCUUUGCCAGUGCUGUGGAAGUUGUUGUAUUUCAUCCUGGCCGUGAGGUGGGGACCACGUUUGACAGUGAGGGGGGAGGAGAGGGAGGGAGGGAGGGGGAGCCGCUGUAUUGUAGCGCCUGCGGGCAGCGCUCCCAGUCAAUAUAUAUCUCCACGCUCGCUGCCGCGCUCCCAUUUGAGCGCGCGCUGGCCUCUCGGUGCCGCAUCAGAGGAGCGACGGGACGAAGCCUCUCUUCUCUCCGCAUCCGAGCAGAAAAGUACCUGGAGAAAAGCAGCAGAAAACAUUCCUCAGAAGACGACCACCAACGUACGAUCCUGCUUUUAGAUUCUUCCGUCGCCUGCAGAACUCAAGCGAAAACCCCGGCCAUCGAAUGACACGUAGCUUGGCAUGAACGAGAAAUCCAUCGUUUAUCAUUGCUUGAACACGAUCAGACAGACCGGCGGUCAAAUAUCCAAGCUCAGACAUGUCGAAGGACGACGCGUGCAAGGUCACAUCUGCAAGCAAGCACAAGGAGCGCAAGCCCAAGAAGCCUCACUACAUCCCCCGGCCAUGGGGCAAGCCCUACAACUACAAGUGCUUCCAGUGCCCCUUCACCUGCAUGGAGAAGUCCCACCUCUACAACCACAUGAAGUACAGCCUGUGCAAAAACUCCCUGUCCCUGCUCAUAGAGUCAGACUGGCCCUAUAAGAAGGGCAACAUCCUCCACCCGGAUCAGCUGCGGCCGUUCCAGCAGGCGCACGGCCUCCACGCUCCCGGGAAGGACGAGCUGGAGCAAAUGUCGCGGGCCGAGGAGCGGCAGAGGCCGCGGAAGCCUGCGGACGAGGAGGGCGAGGAGCGAGGGGGGGGCGGGCCGGAGGACGAGGACGACGGCGGGCGGGAGGACGGCAUGGAGGCGGCCGAGCUGAAAGACGGGGCGGACGAGGCCAAGAAAGCCAAGCAGCCGGACUCAGACCUCAUGGCCGACAUGCUGUCGCUGGAGGACCAGCUGCUACGAGCGCGCUCGGUAGAGGUGGAGGCCCAGCUGAAGCAGUACAAACUGUCCAAGACGUGUCUGACGGCGCCUGGGCUGCUGUCGGAGCAGUGGCGGCUGCUGGCGUCCGGCCACGCUAAGGCCAAAGCGGAGGCGGCGCAGCCGCGGGUGAGCAACUCCAUCCCCUGCUACCCGCCGCCGCCCAACCUGGUGGAUUACCAGGACCCCACGGGGCUCAACCUGUCCGUGCUGGGCGUGGGCUACCCCCUCAGCCCCGGCCUCUUCUCCUACAUGAACUCCGCCAUUCCCGCAGGGGCGGCGGCCCAGACCCACGCCCAGCUCGCCCAGCUCCCCUUCCUGGCGUCGGCCGCUCAGCUGAUGCACCCGGGCCCGGGCCCCCACGGGGACCGGGCCCUCCUCGCCCCCCGCCUCUACUACCCGUUCCUGUGCGAGCACGCGUUCGGCGCGGCCUCCGGUCAAAGCGACGCCGGCAAAGCGCUCAAGGCGCCGGCGGGCGGUCCGGAGGCCGGCGCGCUGCCCGGCUUCCAGCCUAAGGUCAGUCUGUGGAAGGUGCCGGCGCUGCGGCCGGGCAGCGGGCCGGUGCAGCCCAGCGGCUGGGGGUCCCCGCAGAGGGACUCUCCGGACCAGGGCUACCGCUCAGGGGACAAAGCACCGACGCCCGGCAAGGACGGCAAGGCGGCGUGGGGCUUGAAGCGGACCGCGGCUCCACCGGGGAACCACGAGGCUCCUGCGGAGAAGAAACCAGCCAUGGGCUUCACUCUGGACCUCAUGAAGAACUUCCAGACGGCUUCCACUCUCAAUACGGUAGCGGAUAAACUUUACCAAAACAGUUUACAGGACGCUCAGCUUCAGCACCGUCCCACUGAGCUGUGGUACAAUGAUCCUCUCACCAGUCCCAGCACCGAAACAACCUCUGUCUCAACAUGCGGUCGGCCAAACAGCCAAGAGUCUGCCGCCGCCCGGACAGUGGGGGAGGAGGCUUCAGAGUCGGUAGCUGCGCUCCUCGGCGACCUCUCCAAGGCCCUGCAGGAGUACCAGGAGGCCGAACGCAAGAUCUCCCACCUGGAGAAGGAGGACCUUCCCGCCCAGCGCCACCUCUGGGAGCACCUGAGCAAGAUCCGCAGCGAGCUCUCCCACAUCCACCAGGCGCUGGAGCGCAGCACCCGCCCCAGCGACGGGCCUCUGGACCUGUCCGUCAAGAGAGACCCGGCAGAGGCCAUCGGCGAGCAGAGCGCGCGAGAGGACGGCAGCCCGAGAGGCAACACCACGGAGACGGAGGAGGAGGACGAGGAGCUGGCGGAGAAAAGGGAGGACGAGGAGGACGAGAGCAAGGCGAUGAGGACGUCGCUGGAGAGUCGCAAGCAGUCGCUGGACCUGCUGAUCAAGAUGAGCCAGGCGUCCGUGGUCAACGCCGAGGCGCUGUCGCCCGCCGCCCUCGGCCUGAGGCCCAGCCCGUCCGAGGCGCUGUGGCCCAGCAGGACCACCAAGUGCGAGGCCGACUCCAGCGUCCUGCUCUGCCCCGACGGCCGAUCGGUGGUGUUCACCGACAUCUCCACCUCGAAGACCCCGAAGAGACCGGCGCCCGUGCAGCGGCGGGAGGCUCAGUGUCCGCUGAGCCCUUUGACAGCCGCCGACAGCUAAACCCCCGCGUCUGACUGUAACAUAAUGAUUCUACACGGUGUCACUACUGCUGCAUGGCUUUGACUUUCACCGGCUGGAAGAAGACUCUCUGUUCUCGGUUUCAUUUUGCACCUUACAGAAGUGAAAGGAUUUCUAAUGCAAUAAGGACGCGAGAGGACACAGUCCUCUUUAAAAUAAUAAUAAAAGCAGCAUCAGCGCUAAAUUUUCGUUUUAAGAUAAACAAUGAAGUGUAUAAAAUAAUGCUGAGACAAUCCUGUGAAUGGAUGUGUAAAUACUGUAGCUAUAAUAAAUGUAAAUGGAUUAAAGAUGAAUUUCUUUUAUAUGGAUGAUGUCAUGCUGUUCUGCAUCAGCUCACUUGAUGAGAAUAAAAUGUAUUAUACACUGAUGGACCAAGUUAACUGUGUGAUACUUU